ACAAUCGAUAAAAGACUUCGACUUCCGGUAUUCUAACAACUCGCAAAAGCUAUUUUUUAUUCUGAAUUACUAAUUCUAUCUUUAGUGAAGCCUAAUGGGUGGAUUUUUCUCCCGCGUUUUCUCUGGUCUAUUCGGUGGAAGAGAACGUCGAAUUUUGAUUCUAGGCCUUGAUGGAGCUGGUAAAACAACGAUAUUGUAUCGUUUACAAGUUGGUGAAGUUGUGACAACUAUACCAACCAUUGGUUUCAAUGUCGAAACAGUCACCUUUAAAAACCUAAAAUUUCAAGUUUGGGAUUUAGGUGGACAAACAAGUAUAAGACCGUACUGGAGAUGCUAUUACUCAAAUACUGAUGCAAUUAUAUACGUAGUCGAUAGUAUGGAUAGGGACCGUAUUGGAAUCUCUAAGCAAGAACUUUUUUCAAUGCUCGAGGAAGACGAAUUGAAGAAGUCUAUUUUGGUUGUACUGGCUAAUAAGCAAGAUCUAGAGGGAGCUAUGUCCGUAUCGGAAGUAUCACAGGUAUUAGGCUUGACGUCCUUAAGAAAUAGGAGAUACCAGAUAUUUAAAACUUCGGCCAUUAAAGGGGAAGGCCUGGAAGAGUCGAUGGAAUGGUUAACCAAUACCAUUCAAAAUCCCUAGUGAUAAAAAAGAAACAGACACGCAGAAAAAGUCUUCUUUAAAAUCUUAUCUCACUUGUUAAUAAAUUUUAUGGAUUUGGAUUCUUAUUUAUUCGUUAAUAAAAGACACUAAACGCGUAUUUUA